CGAUGAUCUACUUUGACGAUGACGAGGCCCACCCCUCUGCGGAUGCAAGCCCGCCAGCCUCCUCACCUCUCGUCCCCCUCUCCUCGAACCCGGUCUGGGUCGAUAUCGAUCCGACCUCCUUCUCAGAAUAUGACAUAGUACUACUAUAGAUCAUUCCACUGUUCUUCUCAUCGCAUCUCAGAAUUCUCUAAGAAACUAAGAACCUUCCAAACACCCAAACUUCGUUAUUCUCCCCCAAACCCACCAAAUCUUUUUGAAAAAAUGGACUCUUACUCUUACGACUCUACCUUCGCCCUCGGUGAGGGUCCCCUCGCAUUCGACGACGACGCCUUCACUUACGAUGUCGCCGGACCUUCCCUAUCCCUCUACCGAGAGCUGAUGGACCAAGAAGAGAGGUUGUUGGAAGAGGAGCACAACGACUGCGAGGAUGUGGAGCUGUUCAGCGAUGCCUGGUUGCAUCGGCCCGCUUCGCUUCUCGACGAACUUACGGCCGCGGGAGAGCUCGACUUUCUCGGAGAGACCCUCUCUGCCGAGACGCAGGACGUCUCUAUCGCCAAGGAAGAAGACUUGCAGGUCAAGUCGAUCGCCGGGAACGCAGCCCCUGUCAUGAACGCUGUUGCGGCUAGAGCGGGUCAGAAGAAGGAGGCGCAGGGUGUCAUCGCCAGCAGGAUUCCUCGACUUAUCGCAUCGGAACGAUCUCGGAUCACCUCGCCCGUUCGAGCCAAGGUCCUUCCCGCCCACAGCAGGGUCCCUGAACCAAAGGUCGUCGCCCCUAGGGGUUCAAGCAGCACUUCCCGAGGCGCAUCCAGGGUCAUUUCGACUCCUCGACCGGCGCUCAAGAACACCGUCGCUCCGGCCCAAUACAGGGUCUCAUCUACUGCUCGACCUGCCCUCAGAAUGACCGUCGCUCCGGCUCAGGCCUCCGUCCAGCGCAAAGCUCCGGUAUCUCUGGCCAACAGGACCUCCCUCGCCCCUCAGAAGAAGCGGACUGACCGGGCCUAA